CAGCUCAGCUGAGCCCACAAAAAAAAAAAAAAACGCCGACCCGCUUUGCAUUCCCUCCAUCCUCCGUCUUCUGUUUCUUUCUCGCAGUGCUCCGGAGCCCGGAGGAGGAGAAACAGAGCUCUGGUAAAAGUCGAAAAUUGAGCAAGGGAAACGAAGAAAGAGAAAAGCCCUCUCCUUCUUCUUUUCCCUACCCCCUAGCUUUUCGUCUGUUCUCUCUUUCGGAGGGUGAUCAUGGCUUCUUCGUUCAACUCAUUCCGCCUACAGUAGCACAAGAAAAAUUUUUAGGGUGUCUUCGGUAUCCUUUCAUCUUUCCCCCGUCAAAAACUGUGAGGAUAGGUUGAUGAAACAAAGGGUUUUGUGGGAGGGAACAGAAUGGAAUCUCUGGAAAGGAAUUCUGUGGCAGAUGCGAGGUCGAAGAGGCGAGUGCUGAGAAGGCUCCAGGCUAAUUCAAGACGUAAGAUUUAUCCAUCCAAGAAUGGCAAUAACGGAGGCAGCUCCUCUGCCAAAACUCGAACAAGAAGUAGGGGAAAUUUGCCUACCAAGAGUACUACUAAUGACCAUCAUUAUCCUCCAGAUCAUGAUUAUGCCACCUUUUUGGAUGCCUUGGGUCUACGCCUUCCAACAGCAGCUAAUUCUGCCGACGGAGUGAGUGCUAAUCGUGCCCCUGAUAGUGAAGCCGCCAUAGGCUGUGUGGAUUCUGGUCUAAAGGAGGACAUUGACAUUGACCUUUUCAGAUUAUUGGCUGAGAUUGGUGGUGGCAGCAGCAUUAGAACAGAGGACAAUGGUGUGGGCAACAAUGAGGAUCCAGGCGCUAACAGUGGAUGUGACAUGUCUAUGGAUCGUCGCAAUGAUGCUGCUGGGUAUGCAGACGACUCUUUUCUCGGGGCAUGCUGCUCCAAUGAUAAAAAUGGGUUGAGUCGGAAGGAUGAUACUGGUGCUGAGACUACUGAUACUGGUUUCGAUGACAAGUCAGUAGAUAGCUUUCAUGUUGAUUCUGAGUUUGUUGAAGAACCCGAUGACAUUGGAGGCUCUGCGAAUGAUGAUAAUGUUGUUGAUAGGUCUUUUGACAAUGCACCUGCUGCCGAAGAAGUCGCAGACCAUUGGAACAAUGUGCAUUUCGAUCUGCCAGAUCGAGAUCAAACUGCUGCUGAUGAUAUCAUUGGAGCUUCUGAUCCUGCAUAUCUUAGGUUCUUAGAGAACCUGAGAGAAGAUGGGAAUUCAUACAAUAUUGAGCUCCCUGUGAGCAGUGGAGAGUCACUAUCUUUUGUUUAUGAAAAGCAAGAUGAUUCUCAUGGUCAAUGUGACGCCACUGAGACAAGAAAGAAUUCUGUACAGAGGAAGAAUGGAGAACCUGAAAUUUGUUUAGGGAAAGGGUGCAAUGAAACUCGCGAUCAAUGUGAUGCUGGCAAGGCAAGACAGACGUCUUCACAGAGUAAGAAUGGGGAAUCUGAGAUUUGUCUAGGGAAAGAUUGCAAUGAAACUCAAGGUCAUUGCCAGAUAAGAGAUGAAGCAGGUACUGAAUGUGAUCUGAGAGUUCCUAGUGGGAGCAACAAGAGUUCAUUGACGGGGAGGAAGUUCUCUUAUAAAACUAAAAAUGGGUUACGCAGUGGAUUUAGAAGAGAAGGGAAGUCCCAAAUGGAAGAGCUUUUGAAGAGAGAGAGCAAAAAGAAAGUGGACGAACGAUGUGAUCCAACUGUUGCUUCUGGCAGAGAUAGGAGGAGCUGUUCACCCAUGAAACCAAGGAUCGAAGAUGAGACAGGAGAUGCACCAGAAAGUGCAUGUAAGGUAGAAGCUCCAAUGCCAGCCAAGACAGGAGACACUAGAACGGGAAAAGUUAUGGCACCCAGUUUGGUGAGAGAUAGAGCAACUAAAACUAUACCUUGCCGAAGUGAACUGAAAAUGAAAUCUCAGAAGGAUGUGAGCGACAUGCAGAAUAGGAAAAGGAGACGUUUGAUUUCUGAAGAAACACAGAGAAAAGAGUCCUUGAAUCCUGUUCUCUGUGAAGAACCUGCAAAAACUAAAACGCCUUCAAACAAAAAUCUACAGUGCAGACCUAAAGUAGAGUUGGAUGACAUGCAGGAUAGGAAAAGAAGACAUUUCAUUUCUGAAGAAACACAGAGAAAAGAGUCCAUGAAUCCUGUUCCCUGUGAAGAACCUUCAGCAACUAAAAAGCCUUCAAACAAAAAUCAACAGUGCAGACCUAAAGUAGAGCGGGAUGACAUGAAGGAUAGGAAAAGAAGACGUUUGAUUUCUGAAGAAACACAGAGAAAAGAGUCCUUGAAUCCUGUUUCCCGUGAAGAACCUGCAACAACUAAAAUGCCUUCAAACAAAAACCAAAAGUGCAGACCUGAACUAGAUGGGGAUCAAAUUGACAAAUGCUAUGAGAUAUUUCUCCGUUCUCUGAAGAAGAAGCCAACGAAUGUUGAAUUUGUCCCUUCAGUUGGCGAAAAAGUGCUAUAUCACGACUAUCCCCUCAGCUGUCCCACUAGCCCAUCUGAUUCAGAUAUAUUGGAGAUUGAUGCUGCCACCUUUGCUAAUGAUGUCAACACUCCGUUCGUGCCAGCAAAGAACCAUGAAGUCAUUGAUCUUGAUUUGGAGCCUGAAGAAGGCCAUGGUGGGAAUCACUACAACUCUGUGUUCAGAGUGAAGCUUCUUGAGAAUUUAAGAAAGCCUUACGACCAGAGAGAGUACAAUGAGUUGUUGAAAGAAGUGUCUUGCAGGAAGCAAUUGGUGAAAGAUAGAGAACUCCGGCAUGGACGAACAGUGAAGAUAAAACUGAAAGCUGUUGGGCAAUCUUACCUUGAUAAAUAUACAGAUUUUGCAAGAAAGCUUCAGGAGAUAAAGCCUGAUUCGGAGUGCAAUCACCCCGUAAUGUUGAACUUGCUACGUGGGUUUGUCUAUUGGUUGGAGAAUUUACCCCUUCAUGGAUCUUUCAAGCCAUGGCUGGACGAGGCAUGUUUGAAAGUGCUGCCAAGUUGCAAGCGAGUUCCCUGUGAUUAGAGUGUUCAGACAUUUCCUUGCAAAGGGGGAAACGAGACAGGUCAGCUUUUGGGUUAGAUGACUAACUAACUAUUUAAAAGACUCAUGUUGGCGGCAAACAAACUUUGUAACAUAUGUAUUGUAUAAUAUAUUGCCUGGUCUAACUCCAUAGUUCGUUGCCAUCACUGUACAUCUGGACUACUCCCCUUGUCAGCGUCGUUGAAUACGAUCCUGGGUUUCCCCAUGCUGAAGUUGAGCGUCUUUGCUCUCUAUGUUGUAUUUGAUCUCUCCAUCGUACAGCAGCUUCCUUAUGUAGUGCUCAAUGUCUGAACCGAUUAAUCGAAGUGUGUAUUCUGUCAACGGUGCUCCCUGGUUUCAACACAGAAUUGUCAGAAACUUGUUCGAUGGUAAAGACAGAUUGAUAGACAUUUUAAUUAUUUGGGGUUUAUGUCGGUUUGAAUUAUUUAGUUCAGGAUUAUUUUGGCUAUUGGGGAUAUUGUGGGGGAUUAAUAAUUUGGGGCAGUUAGUAGGUAAUUGUGUU